UGCAUUGGAUCUGGGUGAGGCACCAGUUGCAGGGUGAGUCUUUUUGGCCGAGGUGUCUGCUGCCCUCCAUGGCCCAAUGAUCCAGCAACCCAACCCUACCCAACACCAACACCUGCUGGUCUGACAAGUCUCAGGUUGAAGCUACGUAAAGGCCUGUUUACCCUGUCUGUGGUUUCUACUGACAACUAAGAACAAAUAGGAUUUCUAACCUCAACCUUUUCCCUUUGGAUCCGAGACGAGGCGGUUGGCGACACCAACCAUGGCUGAUAAACUGGGUCUGGCUGUGGGGGACGAUACGGCGUCCAUCAUGGCGCUAUUGGAGCGCGUGGCGGGCAUAAUCGACAACGUGCAGGCAUGCCAGACGCGUAUGGAGGAGAGGCAGCUAGAGCUGGAGAACAGUGUCAAGACCAUCCAGGAGGACGUGGUGAAGCUGACGGUAAACCAUGCAGCCACCAGCAGCACAGUGGACAAGCUGCUGGAGAAGACGCGCAAGGUCAGCUGCCACAUCAAGGACGUCCGGGUACGGGUGGAGAAUCAGAACAUCCGCGUCAAGAAGGUGGAAACCACCCAGGAGGAACUGUUGGCGAAGAACAAGUUCCGGGUUGUUAUCUACCAGGUAAUCCCAUCCAGCCAAUUUCAUUGCUGCAAAAAGCAAAAAGCAAAAAGUGUCAGAAGCAAGGGUUCCUAAUCAUUGUCAUCUUCAUCCACUAACUGGCUUCAUUAUCGAUUAUUUGAGGAUCAUACUCUCAAUAGUUGAACAAGGAUAUGGUAAAUUGUUAAAAACUUGUGGACUUUAGUUAAGAUUUUUCUGGCAGAAACAACAGACAGGAGGGGUGAAAGCAUCUGUUAAAAUAGAGGGUGUUAUAGUGAAUUCAAAGACUGGACUAUUUUAGAUGGCAGAAUGGUACUGGCUUAAUUUUACUUUGGCCUUCAAAGCUAACAGCUGCAAGCCCACCGUUGACCAGAGUUUUUCAGGGUCUAAGUUGCCUUGACAGCACGGAAGAUAUACUGUAGUCUACUAAAAGGUUAGAUGCUGCACUCAAGAAUACGAAACUAUGUGGCAGAUAGCCAAUGACGAUACGAUUUGGAUGAAGCAGCCAGGGAUGGGGGCGGAGUGGAUUUUGGCAGCCAUUUUAUUUGAGAUGAGGAAAGAAGAGGGGAAGGUCAAAUAACAUAAAGAACAACAUGGUUUUUCAAUAGACAAACUGGAUUCACUGGCAGCCGCAUAAUCACUAAAAAAUAUGCAGUUUGGCAUGCGUGACAUACUAAUAAUGAAUCAAGCAGAUGAGGAAAUAUUGCUUUGAAGUCAGCAUCCAAUGAACUGAUUUAAUUCCUACUCUCCCUUCUAUGAAAAUGGAAUGUCAUGCUGUAAUUAAAGCUACCUAAGAUGACUAGAUCAAUUGCCUAAGAAAACUGGACCAAUUGUCUAACAUUUUAACACCACUUUUUACUAAAAGACCUUACAGACAAUGUAAUUUAUUUAAUACUCAUAUUACCAUUGGUAUUAUCUGCUAUUUGAUGUGAAGUUACUACAAAUGGUAAUUUCUAGUAGUUACUUCAAAUAAUUUAUCUAGUUUGGUGACAAUGGUUCUUGGUAAUAACAAAUAUGUACGUACACUGUUACCCUGUGGUUUUAAAGAAAAUACCAGGUUAUUAGGGGACCGUAAAAUAAAGUGAUACCAUUUUACUUCAAACAAUAUUUGCUCAGUACUCAUACAUACAGUGUCAAGACACUUCCAUUCCAUUUCACACUAAAGUGGGAAGUCAAAAUGAAACAGGAUAGGGAGGUUUGGGAAUCAAACAACGUGUGGUGAUAUCUAUGUCAUGGUUACAGUAAUGUUGGUUGAUUGUCAAGGUAUACUGGGAUUGAAACAUUUGUUUUACUGUCAGUCAUUCUGUGAUUGUGAUAUUUAGUGACCACUAGGUUUGCUCUCUUUUAGGUCAUCGUUGUAAAAUAACAUGACUGGUAAAUAAAGGUUGAAUUUUCCUUCUGCCAUUUUUUAGGAUAUGUGGCACAGACCCAUAGAGAAUGAUAGAGGCCUCAAGUGGCCAAAAGGCUGUUUUAGCAUGGGCAGCGCCAUUGAGGGCUUCCAUCAUGCUUCCGCCAUUUUAAAAUAGUCAAAUUAGUCAACUGGGUGGGGAUUCCUAUGGGUUGUAGCCUCAAUGCCGCUGCCCAUGCUGUCACAGACGCUAUAAUGGCACAGAUAUAAAGAUGAGUCCUCUAUCUAUCUCUAUGGAGAGACCCAACACGUACAUGGUUAGUGAUGAUUCACUUAUCAUUAGAUUUCCCUCAUUAAAAUGCAAAUCAAUUUAUAACAUUUUUGACAUGCAUUUUUCUGGAUUUUUUUGUUGAUAUUCUGUCUCUCACUGUUCAAAUAAACCUACCAUUAAAAUUAUAGACUGAUCAUGUCUUUGUCAGUGGGCAAACGUACAAAAUCAGCAGGGGAUCAAAUACUUUUUUCCCUCACUGUAGUUGAAUGUGUUUUCAACAUUAGAGCUAUCUCCCAAUUUAUUUAGAGAAAGAAACUGUAAAACAAGUUACUUUCUUGAUAGAAAUCGGCUAGACACAAGGCGGAUCUUAAAUACGAAGAAAGUAUACCCUCCUUGUUUUUUCAGCACAUUUUGGGCAAGAGAACAUUCAAAUAUCAAUUAAAAAGCAUACACUGAUUUGGAAUUAUAGUUCUAAUAUAACCCUUUUAUUGACCAGUCCCUCUCUCUCUCUAAUCAUUCAUUUAGAGCACCUCCAGUCUUUGCAAAGUGGUCUGCUACUUAUUUGCUGGGUCUAAAUGAACAAGCCAGCUGACAAGAUUAUUCUAAGUUAUUAUUCAAGGUUAUUCUGAGAGCCUGCUGUGCACAUGGUUCUCUUUCAGUUUUUAUUCUGAGAGCCUUUUCCUGUCAAGGCCCUCACCUCCUUAUAUAGUACUAUUAGGUCUGAGGCUGUGAGAGUCAAUAAACCUCUCUUGGAAUGAUAUGAAAGCAAGGAAAUAAUAAGUAAUUAAGUAAGUACAGUUGAAGUCGGAAGUUUACAUGCACCUUAGCCAAAUACAUUUAAACUCAGGUUUUCACAAUUCCUGACAUUUAAUCCUAGUAAAAAUUCCCAGUCUUAGGUCAGUUAGGAUCACCACUUUAUUUUAAGAAUGUGAAAUGUCAGAAUAAUAGUAGAGAGAAUGAUUUAUUUCAGCUUUUAUUUAUUUCAUCACAUUCCCAGUGUGUCAGAAGUUGACAUACACUCAAUUAGUAUUUGGUAGCAUUGCCUUUAAAUUGUUUAACUUGGGUCAAACAUUUCGGGUAGCCUUCCACAAGCUUCCCACAAUAAGUUGGGUGAAUUUUGGCCCAUUCCUCCUGACAGAGCUGGUGUAACUGAGUCAGGUUUGUAGGCCUCCUUGCUCGCACACGCUUUUUCAGUUCUGCCCACACAUUUUCUAUAGGAUUGAGGGCAGGGCUUUGUGAUGGCCACUCCAAUACCUUGACUUUGUUGUCCUUAAGCCAUUUUGCCACAACUUUGGAAGUAUGCUUGGGGUCAUUGUCCAUUUGGAAGACCCAUUUGCGACCAAGCUUUAACUUCCUGACUGAUGUCUUGAGAUGUUGCUUCAAUAUAUCCACAUAACUUCCACAUGAUGCCUUCUAUUUUGUGAAGUGCACCAGUCCCUCCUGCAGUAAAUCACCCCCACAGCAUGAUGCUGCCACCCCCGUGCUUCACGGUUGGGAUGGUGUUCUUCGGCUUGCAAGCAUCCCCCUUUUUCCUCCAAACAUAACGGUGGUCAUUAUGGCCAAACAGUUCUAUUUUUGUUUCAUCAGACCAGAGGACAUUUCUCCAAAAUGUACGAUCUUUGUCCCAAUGUGCAGUUGCAAACCAUAGUCUGGCUUUUUUAUGGCGGUUUUGGAGCAGUGGUUUCUUCCUUGCUGAGCGGCCUUUCAGGUUAUGUCGAUAUAGGACUCGUUUUACUGUGGAUAUAGAUACUUUUGUACCUGUUUCCUCCAGCAUCUUCACAAGGUCCUUUGCUGUUGUUCUGGGAUUGAUUUGCACUUUUCGCACCAAAGUACGUUCAUCUCUAGGAGACAGAACGCGUCUCCUUCCUGAGCGGUAUGACGGCUGCGUGGUACCAUGGUGUUUAUACUUGCGUACUAUUGUUUGUACAAAUGAACGUUGUACCUUCAGGCGUUUGGAAAUUGCUCCCAGGGAUGAACCAGACUUGUGGAGGUCUACAAUUCUUUUUCUGAGGUCUUGGCUGAUUUAUUUUGAUUUUCCCAUGUCAAGCAAAGAGGCACUAAGUUUGAAGGUAGGCCUUGAAAUACAUCCACAGGUACACCUCCAAUUGACUCAAAUUAUGUCAGUUAGCCUAUCAGAAGCUUCCAAAGCCAUGACAUCAUUUUCUGGAAUUUUCCAAGCUGUUUAAAGGCACAGUCAACUUAGUGUAUGUAAACUUCUGACCCACUGGAAUUUUGAUACAGUGAAUUACAUGUGAAAUAAUCUGUCUGUAAACAAUUGUUGGAAAAUGCACAAAGUAGAUGUCCUAACCGACUUGCCAAAACUAUAGUUUGUUAACAAGACAUUUGUGGAGUGGUUGAAAAACAAGUUUUAAUGACUCCAACCUACAGUGUAUGUACACUUCCGACUUCAACUGUAGGUAAGACAAUAAAUAGUAAGUAGGUCUGGAUUCAAUUCGUAUUGCAGGAGUAUCGCAGAAGAUCUGCGCUAUAGCUCGAUGGAAAUGUAACAGUGAUUAUAUCUCAUAUAUCAAAUGGUACCUACCCAGCUACGCAGCUAUAAUGGAACAGCCCUGUAACUCUCAAUUCAGCUCUGCAAGCAAACUUCUUCAACCAUAAAUGGAAUUUUAGCAUGAUACAUUUAAUCAAUCAUUUGUAUAUUUGUUUACUUAAUUUUUGUAUUAUAUUAUAUGAGACAUCAAGCUGCCUGACUGGUAUAGCUGCUCCUUGAAACUGAUACAGCUUGCUUAAGGCUUCUAAUGCACUAUAAAAAGUUACAAAAGCUAUGAUGUGAUAUGUUUAGCUUUCUACCGCCUAAAGCUGAGCUAUAUCAGCAGGUGUGAGUAUUAUUAAUAGGCUGCAGUACACAGUUAAACUCCCAACUUUAUUCAGUGAGAACAAUAUACGCAGUGGACCGUCCCACUUUGAUGUAAAGGGUGUGCUAAACCAUGUAUUUGCAUGGUAAACACAUCAUUGGUACAGUGUAAUAAUAGUAUAAAUACAUAUUGUAGUUUUGUGGCUUUCAGAAUUUCAAAAGCUAGACUCAUUAAAAACAUUUUUUACAGAAAGUAUUCACACCCCUUUACUUUUUCCACAUUUUGUUGUGUUACAGCCUGAAAUUAAAAUUGAUUAAAUUGAGAUGUUUUUAUCACUGGCCUACACACAAUACCCCAUAAUGUCAAAAUGGAAUUAUGUUUUUCAACAUUUUUACAAAUGUAUUAAAAGGGAAAAGCUGAAAUGUCUUGAGUCAAUAAGUAUUCAACCCCUAAGUUCAGGAGUAAAGUUUUGCUUAACGAGUCACAUAAUAAGUUGCAUGGACUCACUCUGUGUGCAAUAACAGUGUUUAACAUGAUUUUUGAAUGACUACCUCAUCUCUGUACCUCACACAUACAAUUAUCUGUAAGGUCCCUCAGUCGAGCAGUGAAUUUCAAACACAGAUUCAACCACAAAGACCAGAGAGGUUUUCCAAUGCCACGCAAAGAAGGGCACCUAUUGGUAGAUGGGUAUAAAAAAAGCAGACACUGAAUAUCCCUUUGAGUAAGGUCAAGUUAUUAAUUACACUUUGGAUGGUGUAUCAAAACACCUAGUCACUACAAAGAGACAGGUGUCCUUCUGGACAGGAAGGAAACCGCUCAUGGAUUUCACCAUGAGGCCAAUGGUGAUUUUAAAACAGUUACAGAGUUCAAUGGCUGUUAUAUGAGAAGGAAAAAUAAGCACAGGCAAAAUCCUAGCGCAAAACCUGGUUCAGUCUGCUUUCCACCAGAAACUGGAAGAUUAAUUCACCUUUCAACAGGACAAUAACCUAAAACACAAGGCCAAAUCUACACUGGAGUUGCUUACCAAGAACACAGUGAAUGUUCCUGAGUGGCCAUUUUACAGUUUUGACUUAAAGCUGCUUAAAAAGGUAUGGCAAGACAUGAAAAUGGUUGUCUAGCAAUGAUCAACAACAUAUAUUGACUCAGGGGUGUGAAUACUUAUGUAAAUUAGGUAUUUCUGUAUUUAAUUUUCAAUACAUUUGCAAAACUUUCCAAAAGUCCUUCUGUAGGACUUUCCAAAAACACAUUUCUAAAAACAUGUUUACACUUUGUCAUUAUGGGGUAUAGAGUGUGGAUGGGUGAUUUAAAAAAUAUAUAUUUCAUCCAUUUUGAAUUCAGGCUGUAGCCCAACAAACUUUCUGAAGGCACUGUAGCUGCACUCUAUGGUCAUUCAUAACAUAGAAUGAUUUAUGAUUCUUGGCAAUAUCUUCAUAAUGGCUGCUCUUAUUUCAAACAUGAAACAUGAACCUAUUAACUAAUGUCUUAACUGGGUUAUGGGAACCGCGGCAUUAAGCGAAAACAGUUGGUCUAUCAUUCGCAGGAUUGUCAAGGCGUCAGAUUCUUUAUUUAACAUGAUUUAGAUCAUACAACUAAGACACAAUCAGAAAUAUUAUGGCUGCCAUUCUUCUCCAAACAUCUAUCAGGACUUAUAUUUGAGGUCUUUAUUUUCUAAGUAUUAACCUCAAUAGUAUUGCAAUGCUUCUGUCAGUGCUCAGAAAUCAUUCAGACCUGAUAAACAAAGUGCUACCACUUGAUAUUACAGAUGUAUACUAGCAGGCAGACUCACAAGUGCUUUUGUGAAUCCCUUUGAUUCUUUUGAGUUGGUUUUAUGACACUUAACCUGGUUUAUGUUCUCAUUACAGGGUGACAGUGAGGUGCCAGCCAUGGCAGCCGGAAAGGAACCCAAAGAACCCAGUGAACCCAAGGAACCGAAACCGUCUGCUGCCGAAGUUGAGCCAGACCACUUUGAGCUCCCCCCUGAGUCUGACGAUGAGUACAUGGUGGUGGAGGAAGCCUCGUCCAUGGCAACUAAGAUGAAGAAAUCAGGCCUGACCCGUAUGGAGAGCUUCAAGUCCACCUUCUCCCGCGUGAACAUGACCAAGACGAAAGAGAACAUGAGCAGCAAGGUUGGCCAGAUGGGUGAGCGCAUCGUAUCAACCGAGCGUCGGCAGAAGAUCCGCCAGUCUGGGGAGAGGCUCAAGCAGUCCGGCUCGCGGCUCAAGGAAUCCAUUGCCAGCCAUGUGCCAGCCAAACUGAAGAAGGAGAGGACUGUGGCGGAGGGCCAGGAGGGGGCUGUGGGGGUCACCGAGGACGCCGCACCCAUCCCGCCACCCAAGGGCCGCAAAUCCGUAAACCCUAAGCUCGCCGAGGAUGGCGUAGAGGAGGAGGUGCCGAUGCAUGAUAUCAAACAGCUCUCCUAAACCAGCGUUCAAGGAAAUGGAAAACAACAACAUCCGUGUAUCUUUUUUUUUUUCAUUUUUUUUUUUAAGGAUUGGCCUGUGACUGAUAGUCCCAGUCCCAUAAACGGGCCAGUUAGGGUUUCAACACAAUGAAUUUAUAUAAUCCACACAACACUUUGAAGUCAUCUUUGUUUUGGGAAUUCAAUGAUUUAUAUAGAUAGAAGUAUUUCUUUUUUUAGUCAUUUUUUCUUACAUUAAACAUGGACUCACACGUAUGCAAAACAAAUAAACUGACAAGAAUUACAGCAAAUGUGUGUGAUUGGACAUUUUCUACAGACUUAUAAUCAACAUAUUAUAAUACAUAAGACAUUCAAUUGUCAAUUUGCAUGUUGAAAGGCUGAAUAUGGGAUGUUAAGGCUAAACUAUUGAAGUGAUGGAAGUUGAAAUGGAGUUCUGGUAUGUAUGGUUUGAUUAAGGUUAAUGUUACAUAUGCAAAACAUUAAAUUGACUGGAAAAUGUCUUUGUGCAAAGGUAAGUGAAGAAUGAUGAGCUUUUGGUCUCAGUUAUGUAAAUUCAUGCCAGAACUAGAAUUUAGUGAUAAAUAGAAUUUCUUGUGCAAUUUUUGCAGAGAAAACUCAAUCAGCUGGUGUCUGAAGAGUAAAGCAUAUAUAAAAAGCAUAUAUCAUUUCAUGGGCAAAUUGGU